GCUUUGAUUCUGACAAUUCUUCGGGAGAGUUUUCAGAAGCAAAUCAUAAAGUUGCAGAAAUGCUUGAUCUAGAUCCACACCAAAGUAAUAGGACUGGAAAGCAUAAUGGAAAGACAGAGAUUCAAGAAAAUGGAAUUAAGAGACACAGGACAUCAUUACCUGCCCCAAUGUUUUCUAGAAGUGAUUUUAGUGUGUGGAGCAUAUUAAAAAAAUGCAUUGGCCUGGAACUGUCUAAGAUUACGAUGCCUAUUGUCUUCAAUGAGCCAUUGAGUUUCCUUCAACGGAUAACAGAAUAUAUGGAACAUAUAUACCUCAUUAAUAAGGCUUGUAGUCACGCAGACCCUCUGGAAAGAAUGCAGGCUGUAGCUGCUUUUGCAGUUUCUGCUGUAGCUUCUCAGUGGGAGAGAACUGGCAAACCAUUUAACCCGCUGUUAGGAGAAACCUAUGAAUUAACCAGGGAGGAUUUAGGAUUUAGAUUUAUAUCUGAGCAAGUCAGCCACCAUCCACCUGUUAGUGCAUUUUAUUCUGAAGGUCUCAAUCAGGACUUUAUUUUUCAUGGAUCAAUCUAUCCCAAAUUAAAAUUCUGGGGGAAGAGUAUAGAAGCAGAGCCUCGGGGAACAAUUACUUUGGAGCUUCUGAAACAUAACGAAGCUUACACGUGGACAAAUCCAACCUGUUGUGUACAUAAUGUAAUUAUUGGUAAACUGUGGUUAGAACAAUAUGGAACAGUAGAAAUUGUAAAUCACAG